AUGGCGCCUCCCACCUUCGCAGAUGUCCUUCCUAUUCAGCAGCUCUCCUCGCACCAAUAUGCGCUCGCCCUGGAAAAUGAAUGGUGUAUAGGAACGGUGCCCAAUGGCGGUUACGUUACUUCAGCCUUCCUCAUGGUUGCGCGCACCCACAUGUCCCUCACCCAUGGUACUCGCUCUGAACCACACCCUAUCAAUUUACACCUGGAAUUCUUGCGCCGGACUUCCGUUGGCCCAGCAAUAUUCACGGUGAAAGACGUUAAAUUGGGGGCUCGUAUCAGCAAUUUACACAUCGUUCUGUCUCAGAAACAAGAACACAACGACCGGUGGCAGGACGAGGCGCAGGGCUAUAUAACCAUGAGCAACAUUGCGACCGAGGAAGGCCUGAGUCUUGACACUCAAUAUCAGCUCUGGCCCCCCGCUUUACCGGUAGAUCUCUCGCUUUUGAGUGCUCAAGGCCAUGAUACGAACUACACCAUUCGUGCGAACGAUCCGUUCCCUUCGUUCCGCCGUGCCGCACAAAAUAUCCAGAUUUUCCUCGUCCAGCCUGAUCGCCGACCACAACCGGGACGGUCUGGUAGACCCCGAGCAAUAGUUGACCAGUGGGUUCGGUUUGCGCCUAAAACGCCUUCUCUCAAUCCCGACGGGAGCCUCACGGGCCGUUGGACCAACGACGCUCUCGGUUUUCUGGUCGACAUGUUUCCACAAAUUGUCGAGUCAUACGUCAACCCCUUCGUCGAGGAGGCCGCCAUCGGACAAUACAGCGAAUUCGAACUCAAGACUUUCCUGGAAUCGAACGAACCGCGCGCCAAGUUUUGGUACCCGACGCUCGCCUUGAACCUGGAUGUUAAAAAACUAUUACCAGAGGAGGGCGUGGAGUGGUUAUUUGUGCGAGUUAUGGCCAAGGUGAUUAGGAAUGGACGGUUUGAUCUAAACAUCGAGGUUUGGGAUGAAGCUGGGGAAUUGGUGGCGAGCAGUACCCAUGCGAGUCUGAUUGUGGACGCCAGUCGUAAUAUGGCCAGAAAAGGGAAGGAAAAGAAAGACGCAAAGCUAUAG